AUGUCGUCUGUAAAAAAUAGUCUAUUCCACGGUUGCAGCAAGGACGUAAUCAAUUCGAACUCGUAUCUGAAAUGGAAAUCGUGGGUUUUGUUUCACUACGAUUUUGAAGCAGAUAACCUCGCAGACGCCAGCGAAAUCCUGAGUCAUGCAAGCGUAGAAAAAGAAAAUUUUCUGUGCCACCUUAAUUCAGUUACGCUUGGAAAAAUCGUUAACGACAUUUGGGGAGAAAAGGUAAAAAGGGUUCGGCGUGGACCACGUACGCAGCGGAAAGCUUUCUACCAAAACCUCAAGAUUAGAGAGAUAAUCGCAUCGCCACCAGAAACGUUUAGCCACUUCAUGGAAAAAGUCAACGGUCUCAAAUUUAAAGAUGGAUGGAGUACCGUUUGCGGGAACAACAAGCUGUCCUUUGUUCGUCUCGAAUCGUGGUCAUUCAAAAUUUUGGAAUUUGUGGAUAGCUCAGCACUAUGUUCUGGCGUGGACAUUAAUGAAACUACAAGCGCUUCAAUGUCUACCCAUGUUAGUGGAGAAUACAGGCAGAAUGACAAUGUCCUCUUCAAGGUAUUUUCCAAGCAUUGUCACAUCAUCCAGUGCAGUGAUGGCAUUAGUUGUGCCAAUUGCAGAAAAAUAAAACGAAUGGAUGACAAAUCAAAGAAAAGGAAGUUAUCUAGGGAUGCAGUUCAUCCCUUUACCAACAAAAGAUACAUGACAAGGGAUGAGCUAACUGAAAAGUUGACUGAAGAAGUGAAGGCACGUAAAAACACUGCUCUGAGGGAAAGCUACUGGAGAGAGAAGUAUUUCUCGCAAUGUGUGGAAAUGGAAAAAGAGGACCAUAAGGAUCUUUGCAAGAUUUUUGCUGAUGCAAAAAAUGUACCCGAGGAGAUGGCUGACCUUUGGAAACAACAAGAGAAAAUUCUGCAGACAGGAAGCAAAAAUGGUUUUAGGUGGCAUCCAAAGGUCAUGCGAUUAUGCCUUGAACUGUACUGCAAAAACCCCCAUGUGUUGGACCCACUCCGCCAGUUUUUGACUCUUCCCAGCAACAAAACAAUAAGGCUGUACAAAAACAAAGUUAAAGAGAGACCUGGGUGGUCUGGAGAUGUCAUUAGAUGGUGCUUUUGA